CAGCGAGGGUGUGUAAACGCGUUGGCGUGUAUCAUAGUUGCCGGUAGUAAGAAGCUGUCUGGUACUGCAGUGAGGGUGAGUAUGGGACGAACGUUUAUUGCGAAUUUGGUUUAUCUGUUUCAGAUUUGAGUCUUAUUAUUUAUCGCAGUUCUUAACGUAGAAACUUGAUGGCCUACUGGUAUCAUCGUCGCCCUGAUCAUUGCCCUCUCUCCUUCAACAACCCCUGAAGUCCGACAACAGCAGCGAAUUAACGCCUGCCUACACCUCUUCCGUUGAAUCUACACGCCUGCUGAGAGUUCUUUAGGAAUCUUCACAGCUUCGAGCGAGGAUGGGUUUCUCCGAGUGCUCCUGGCUCAACGCGCCCGCUGCUUGGCAACUGGAAGGCGGGACGCUGACCGUGACGACAGAUCGCGGCACGGACUUCUGGCGCGAGACUCACUACGGUUUCACGCGCGACACGGGUCACUUCUUCGGGCGCCGGACCUCGGGGGACUUCACGGCGGAGCUGCGGGUCCGCGCGCGGUUCCGAGAGCUCUACGACCAGGCCGGACUCAUGGUGCGUCUGUCGGACGAAGAGUGGCUCAAGGCGGGCCUCGAGAUCUCGGACGGAGCCCCGAUGGCCAGCAGCGUGCUGACCGUCGGCCGGUCGGACUGGGCCACGGCGCCGUACGCCCACGACGCGACCGACUUCCGUAUCCGCGUCACGGUCAAGGCUGGCGUCCUCAGGCUCCAAGUGUCCGACGACGGGCUGAGGUGGCCGCUCAUGCGACUCUGUCCUUUCCCGGUCGCCGAAAGCUACACCGUCGGCCCGAUGUGCUGCACGCCGGAAAGAGAGGGACUCACCGUGGUCUUCUCCGAGUUCAGAGUCAGCGAGCCUUCAGAUAAGGCUCUCCACGAUCUGUCGUAAAGACUUCUAGGAUUUGUCUGCCUUUCAUGUUAAUGGACGCCUGAAUAUGUAAUUUUACUGUACCACAAUCGUCGUCAGGGUGUUUGUUUACGUCCCCCCUUUUCCAAUUUUUAUGUUGUCUUUGGAAACAGGCGAGAUAUGAGUGUUUGUGAAAGUGACUUCAACCUAUUAUCGACGUAUGAAACCACUUUUAGGGUUUUGUGGUUCACUUUUGAAUCGGAAGAGAUAACCUCUUAGAAAUGGAGCAUCCACUUUACAUGUGCAUCUGGAGAGCUGUUAUCCAGUAGGGUUCUCACGGUGUUACCGAAUCCUCCUUUGUUUCCUGCAUCUUGGUUUUCUGACGCGAUAAUAUUCCCUUAUAGACUAAGGCAGAUGAUCACACUAACAGUUAAUUGAUUAAUUCACAAAACGGGGAAGACGAUCUGUCAAGAAUUUGACAGCCCCACGUUGGGCGCCAACUGAUACGGUGCUGCUUGUGCAGCUCAGGGAAGAACAAGCGAAAAACAAGAAAACACUGAUAUCUAUAGAAAAAGUUUACUCGCCGACCGGCCCGAACACAAAAAAUAAGAAAAGCUCAUAAACAAGAAAUCACCCAGAAGGGUGAUUUCCCCCUAAAGAGAAACUCACAUUUUUGGGGAGGAAGGAAGCGCACGUCCUGCGAGGAUGAAAAAAGACCGAAGUGAAGCUAGCUUGGCGUCUCAGCAUAACCGUUCCUCUCACAGGUCCCUGCCCAUUAGUGGAUCAAGUCAAGUGACUGGAUCCCCCAAUAGGACCACAGACACCAGACAGAGACAGGGAGGGAAAUGCAAAUAGCCGAUAUACAUAUUUAUAUGUCACAAGACGAUUCCAUGGCUCUCCUUCCAAAGAAAAGCCCUGUCAGUGAGCCGUGACAGGUGAAAAUAAAUCCUCAAACCCGUGACGCAAUUACCCUCGUAUCCCACUACCAUCUCAUCAUUCCCGUUCACCCUCUUCUGUCUCUCGUACUGUCUCCUUUUCCGCGAAAACAAGCAACUUUUAGGGUUGUUCGUAGAGAGUGGUUUGUAUAAGCUAACUGGGGACUAAAUGAGAUUCCUUUUUUCGAUUACAAAUCGCUCCCCGGACGGCGGUGAUGUCCACCGGGGGGUAAGCCGAAGCAACCUGGAAGAAGUAAAUGUUAAAACGAGUGUCUGUUUCGAGGGCUAGCUGAAGACGGAUGCUUCAAAGUGGACAUUCGUAAAACGAAAACUAAGUGGAUAUUAUCAUCAUGGUAUCAUGAACACGAAGUGUCCUCGGAGAGGAAGGCAGACGCAUCAAAAAAUGGUCCUAUAAAGAGGAAGCAAUUGUUCGAAUUAUCGAGUUUUCGAAGCAGUGAAAGUUGAAAUUGGAUAGGGCUCAGAUGAAAAAAUUUCAAAUUAAAGAGGUUCAAGUUAUAGACGGAUGAAAGUAGUUUUUUUUUACGAAAAAUUAUGUCACUGAAAAACUUGUUCAUCAAACUAAGGGUGCCUAAAGAAAAGUGAAUCGAAUAAAACGUUCUGUAUCUAUGAA